AUGAGUGAUGUUGCACCAAGUAGUGUGUCCACAUCCACGGUCAUAUCGACAUUAACUGCCAAUUUGAUCGUGUUUGCGAUCUUCAUUGGUUGUUUCCUUUUCCUCAGAUUACCAUUCAAAAGAAUCUACAGUCCUAAAUCCUCGUUUGAUCUCGUCGAAGAAGACAAGAAACCAGAACCAUUACCCAAGGACCCAUUCAGAUGGGUCUUUAUCUUGUUGACUAAACCUCAAUCCUUCAUCUUACAACAAGCUGGGUUGGAUGGUUACUUCUUUUUGAGAUACCUCAAGAUUUUUGCUUACUUGUUCCUCGGGGGGUUGUUAACCUAUAUCAUUUUGUUACCUAUUAAUGCCACCAAUGGUAAUGGUAAUAAAGGUUUUGAUCAGUUAUCCAUUGCCAAUGUUGUUCACAGACAACGUUAUUAUGCUCACGUGUUUGUUGGUUGGGUAUGGUACGGUAUUGUCAUCUUUGUCAUUUACCGUGAGUUGUUCUUUUACAAUUCCUUACGUAAUGUUGUGUUGUCCAGUCCAAAGUACGCCAAGAAGAACAGUUCCAGGACUGUGUUGUUCCAAUCAGUUCCUGAUGAAUUGUUAGACGAAAAGCAAUUCUUCAAGAUCUUCAACGGUGUUAAGAGAAUUUACGUCUGCAGAUCAACUAAAGAACUCGAACUGAAGGUUGAAGAAAGAAUUGGAUUAGUUAACCGUUUAGAAGCUGCUGAAAACAAAUUGUUGAAACAAGCUGUCAAGAAAAAGUUAAAGGCUGAUAAAAAGGGUGAACCAAUUGAACCUGCUGAUGAAAUUAGUGCAUAUGUUCCAGAAGGUAAACGUCCUAGAAUGAAAGAAGGUGGAUUCUUUUCCAGAAAAGUCGACACCAUUAGACAUUGCCAUAAGGAAAUUGAAAGAUUAAACAAGGAAAUCAGACAAUUACAAAAGGGUUACCGUCAUUUCAAACCAAUGAAUUCUAUUUUUGUUGAAUUUGAAAAUCAAUAUUAUGCUCAAUUAGCUUUCCAAUCUACCGUUCACCAUAACCCACUUCGUAUGAAACCUUCCUACAUCGGUAUUGAACCAAGUGAUGUUAAAUGGUCUAACAUGAGACUUUUCUGGUGGGAAAGAAUUGCAAGAAGAUUCGGGUCAUUUGCAGCAAUUAUUGCUGUUAUUGUCUUCUGGGCUAUUCCAGUGGCAUUUGUCGGGGUAAUUUCUAAUAUCACCUUCUUGACAAAUAAAUUACCCUGGUUAAGGUGGAUUUUAAGAAUGCCCCCAGCUUUGUUUGGUGUGGUUACUGGGUUAUUGCCAACUGCAUUAUUAGCUAUUUUGAUGAUGUUGUUACCAAUGUUCAUUAGAGGUAUGGCUAUUAUUUCCGGUUCUCCCUCAGUUCAAGCAAUCGAAAUGUAUACUCAACGUGCUUAUUUUGGUUUCCUUAUGGUUAACGGUUUCUUGGUUACUGCAUUGGCAUCUUCUGCAACUGCAACAGUUACUAAAAUUGUGGAACAACCUACUAGUGCCAUGAGUAUUCUUGCUAACAAAUUACCAUUAUCAUCAAAUUUCUACAUUUCAUAUUUGAUCUUACAAGGUUUAUCUGUUGCUAGUGCUUCCUUAUUCCAAAUUGUUGGUUUAUUCUUGUACUAUAUUCUUGGGGCAUUGUUAGACGGCACUGUUCGUAAGAAGUGGGCCAGAUUUAGUGGCUUGGGUACUUGUAGCUGGGGUACUGUUUUCCCAGUAUUUACCCAAUUGGCAUGUAUCACUUUGGCUUACUCGAUCAUCUCUCCAUUGAUUAUUGCCUUUGCCUGUGUGGCCUUCUUUUUGAUUUAUAUUGCCUAUUGUUAUAACUUAACCUAUGUGUUUGUUGAAUCUCCUGACAACAGAGGUAUGCAUUACCCAGUGGCUUUAUUCCAGACAUUCACUGGUAUUUAUCUCGGUCAAAUUUGUAUGUUGGGUAUUUUCGCUGUGGGUAAAGGAUGGGGACCAAUUGUCUUGCAAGUUAUUGGGAUUGUCACUACUGUUUUCUUGCAUGUUCAUUUGAAGGAGGCAUUUGAUCACUUGUUGACUGUGAUUCCAGUUGACUGUAUGAAGGCACUUGACGGACAUUCUGAUACUCCUUCAUACUCAGGUCACACCGAAUACCAUGAAAAAGUUCUCAACAAGAGAAGAAAGAGAAAGGAAAAGCAAGAAUACGAAGAAGAACAAGAAGAACAUGAACAUGAAAAUUCACUUUCUCCAGAUUUGGAAAAGGUCUCCACUACUCGCCUUUUGGCUGAUCGUGAUUUCAAACGAAUCAACAUCGAAAAUCCAACUCCGUUACUUCGUUUUGUAAGACCAGACGUGUUCCUCAACUUCAGACACGCCAAGUCCAUCUUGCCCCUGAGUUAUAUGGUGGAACCAGCCGAAGCUCCAGAAAACAAGCAUACUUAUCAUCCACCAGCCAUUUCUGCUAAAUGUCCUGGGGUUUGGAUUCCUCGUGAUCCAAUGGGAUUGAGUGAUUUGGAAAUUGAUAAGUUGAAGUCGGUGAUUAAUAUAAGUAAUGAAAAUGCUGGAUUUGAUGAAAAAGGUGGCAUUAUUUACUUGGGUAAACCACCUAAUUAG